AUGUAUGACACGUUGAUCUCUUCGGCUGAUACUGACGACACUAUUUUAAAUUCUGACUGCAUCCGCUUAUACUAUCAGAACGUUAGGGGACUCCGUACUAAAAUCGAUGACUUUUUCAUCUCAGUUAGCGACGCAGAAAUCGACGUGGUGAUUCUUACCGAGACAUGGCUCAACGACCGUUUCCAUUCACCGCAGCUGUUUGGAACUGGUUAUAAUGUUUACCGCAAUGAUCGUGAUCCUGUUUGUACGGGCAAAGCAAGAGGAGGAGGUGUACUUAUAGCCGUAUCCAAACGCUACAAUUCAACCGAGUCAGUAAAACGAGAUGUAGUUAGUGAUAGUGACAUCGAACAACUUUGGGUUAACGUGAAUGGUGGUAACCGAAUUAUCUGUCUUGGCGUUAUUUACAUCCCACCUGAAUUUUCUACCUCCUCGAAGAGUGUCGAUCGCCAUAUCGAUUGUGCAUUUAAAGUGUCUGAGAAACUGGGACCGCAGGACUUUCACAUACUGUUUGGCGACUACAAUCAACCUGGCCUUCGUUGGAAUUGCUCUUCUAAAAAAGUUCAACUCGAUUUGCUAAACUCUACAUUCACUACUGCAAACAGUGCACUUGUGGAUGGAAUGGCAUUACUUGACAUGCAUCAGAUUAAUCCGUUCACGAAUAACCGUGAUCGAGCCUUUGACUUGGUAUUUGCUAAUAUCAAUGCAGUCAAUCAGUGCGAGGUAAUGCUACCACCUGAGGCUGUUACCAAAGUUGAUCCGUUACACCCUCCCGUUCUUGUCACGCUCAGCUGUCCACCACUAGUUAGAUAUAACGAGGCACCUGAAGAUAGAGAAUUUGACUUCUUCCGCACUGAUUUUGCGAAAUUGAAUGAAGCUUUGCACUCAGCAGACUGGUCGUUCCUGGAUUCAAAUGAUAUUAAUAUGGCUGUAACACUUUUCAACCAACGUCUCUUGUCACUCUUUCGUGAAUUCGUUCCUCGACCCAGGCCAAAGCUGAAGCCACCUUGGUCAAAUUUACGGCUUCGUCGUCUCAAACGUAAGAGAUCCACUGCGCUAAAGGAGUAUUCUCGUUUUCGAGACGCCUUCACUAAACGAGAGUUUGCUAGAACUAGUCGUCAAUACAGAACAUAUAAUCGCUUCCUUUACUCGAGAUACGUGAGGCAAAAGCAAUGUGACCUUAAACAAAAUCUUAAACGUUUUUGGUCAUUCGUUAACGAGAAACGCAAGGAAACUGGACUUCCUGCUCAAAUGACACUUCACGAUCAAUCUCCAGUAAUACUGAAGACAUCUGUAAUCUUUUUGCUCAGCAGUUUGCUAGUGUUUUCGACACCAGUAGUGCCUCAAUUCGUGAUGUACAAAAUGCGCUAA